GCCUUGCCCUGGCAGGAGCUGCCUCCCGUUCAGCAUGCCUGCCGCUCUUUGAAGCCCUCCUGGAAGAAGCCCUGCCUGCCUGCCUUCACCCAGGAGGAGCAUGAAAGUUGACUACUUCAGCCAAGUCGCCUUCCGCCUCUCCGACUAUGCUGAAAGAACUCUAUGCACUGACGCAACCUCAGGAAACCCCAAGAUGGCUGCCAAGCGCAAAGGUGGCCUGAAGCUCAACGCCAUCUGUGCCAAGCUCAGCCGCCAGGUCGUCGUUGACCACAAGGGACUCGAGCAGAUCCAUGCCGACAAGGCCCUCCUGCGGCGUGAGGCCGCCAUUGGCAGUGCCGCCACCAAGGACAUUGCCCAGCCCGGGGCCAAAGAGCCCGAGGGGGCCGGCCGCGUGCAGAAGAUUGAGGAGGACAAGCGGAGGGAGGUGAUUGAGAAGUGGGUCAAUGGGGAGUACAGCGAGGACGCCUUGCUGGGGCGCAUCGAGAGCAAGGAGCCCAAAAGCUCCGAAGGGGCCGAGGUGCCCCCCGAGGGUGUCUACAUGGUGCAGCCCAAGGGUUGCAGCGACGAAGAGGACAAUGGGGACGAAGCCGAGCCACCCAAGGGCUCCCAAGAGAGCAGUUUCCUGGGCGAACGGGAUGCAGACCUACCUCCGUCCAAGGAGGAAGGCUUCCGGGACCCCAGCGGUGAAGCGGGCCCCAAGCUGAUAGGAGCAGCUACCUCAGGGGAGGCCUCGUCUCUGCGGGACUACGCCGCGACCACCAUGAACGAGUUCCUGGGCAUGUUUGGCUACGACGACCAGAACAUGCGGGACGAGCUGGCUCGCAAGAUUAGCUUUGAUAAGCUGAACGCCACUACCUCAGAUGCCACCGCCGCCGUUGCCGCCGUGGCCUCCUCCCUUGCUGGCGAGGACGCCGUGGCCAAGAGAGCCCGUUUCUCCAAGUACGAGGAAUACAUCCGCAAGUUGAAGGCAGGGGAGCAAGUGCCCUGGCCCAUCCAUCCAGCCAAGACUGAAGAGCUGACCAGCAAGCUAGGCAAGGAAGCACCCAUAGUCUUGAAGCAGCCCAUCCGCUUGCCGGCCCCGGACAUCUCGCUCUUGCCGGAGACGAAAGCCACCAUCUUGCCUCUGCCCUCCCCCAGCAGCUCCCAGAUGCAAGGUCUGAUGUCGCGGGCAUCCAAGUACGACUUCUUCAUCCAGAAGCUGAAGACCGGCGAAAGCCUCCGCCCGCAGAAUGGCAACACCUACAAGAAGACCUCCAAGUAUGACCUGGAGAACGUCAAGUACUUGCACCUCUUCAAGCCAGGCGAAGGCAACCAGGACAUGGGAGGAGCCAUUGCCUUCAAGACGGGGAAGGUGGGGCGCCCUUCCAAGUACGAUGUUCGGAACAUCCAAAAGCUCACCCCGGUCAAAGCUCCAGUCCCCAGCUUGGUCCCCACCCCGCUUACCACCACCACCACCCCCAGCAGCACUCCAGUGGCCGGACCUGAACAGCCCGUUGCCCUGUCCUUCAACACUCCAGAAUACCUGAAAUCCACUUUCUCCAAGACAGACUCCAUCACAACUGGAACGGUGUCUACUGUUAAGAACGGAUUAACCACUGACAAACCAGCUGUCACCGAAGAUGUAAAUAUUUACCAGAAAUAUAUUGCCAGGUUUUCUGGAAGCCAGCACUGCGGACACAUGCACUGUGCGUACCAAUACCGCGAACAUUACCACUGCCUUGACCCGGAGUGUAAUUAUCAGAGAUUCACAAGUAAGCAAGAUGUGAUCCGGCAUUACAACAUGCACAAGAAGCGGGACAAUUCCCUUCAGCAUGGCUUCAUGCGCUUCAGCCCCCUGGACGACUGCAGUGUUUACUAUCAUGGCUGCCACCUGAAUGGGAAAAGCACACACUACCACUGCAUGCAGGUGGGCUGCAACAAAGUCUACACCAGCACUUCCGAUGUCAUGACCCAUGAAAACUUCCACAAGAAGAACACGCAGCUCAUUAAUGACGGGUUCCAGAGGUUCCGGGCUACAGAAGACUGCGGCACCGUGGAUUGCCAGUUCUACGGGCAGAAGACCACCCACUUCCAUUGCAGGCGGCCCGGUUGCACGUUCACUUUCAAGAACAAGUGCGACAUUGAGAAGCACAAGAGCUACCACAUCAAGGACGACGCCUAUGCCAAGGACGGCUUCAAGAAGUUCUACAAGUACGAGGAGUGCAAAUACGAGGGCUGCGUCUACAGCAAGGCCACUAACCACUUCCACUGCAUCCGGCCCGGCUGUGGCUUCACCUUCACCUCCACCAGCCAGAUGACCUCCCACAAGCGCAAGCACGAGCGCCGGCACAUCCGCAGCUCCGGCGUCCUGGGUCUGCCCACUUCUUUCCUGGGGGCCAAGGAGAACGACCAGGAGGAGUCCAGCAACGACGACCUCAUCGACUUCUCCGCCAUGAGCUCCAAGAACUCCAGUCUGAGUGCCUCCCCCACCAGUCAGCAGUCUUCCGUCUCCUUGAUCAUCCCUGGCACGCCGUCUUCGGCCGCCGAGUUGGCCGCCUCACAGCCCUCCAACAAACCCGUCAACAGCAUCUCCUCAGCUUCCAAGAUCUCCAGCCUGCUCUCGCAAACCCUCCCGAGCAACAUCCCCUUGGCCCUGGCCCUCUCCAACGCAGCCCUUCCCGGAACAGCGGGGUCUUAUUUUCCCAUUCUCCCCAGUCGGGUCUCCACCCCGCUGCCCGCCACUUCUGCGAGCUUGAUAGCUGCCGGAGCUUCGAGCACCAACCCAGCUUCCUCUGCCAGCUCCCCUUCCCAGGCCAUCUCAGGUUCCGGCGAGGCGGCGGUCACCUCUUCACCGACUCCAGCAGCUUCCAUAAUGGAAAGGAUCUCUGCCAGCAAAGGCUUGAUCUCACCCAUGAUGGCCAGGUUGGCGGCCGCGGCGUUGAAGCCCUCGGUUGCUGCGGAGGCAGGGAACGGGCAGCCAACUCCUGGGCGGUUUAACCCGACUCAGAUUAAACAAGAGACGGUGGAGAAUCCUGGUCCCACGGCCCAGGAUUCCUUGCAGGAACACAGCCUGGACCUGAGCGUGAAGGAUCAUGGUAAUGAAUCAAAUGGCCACACAGUCUCGGCAAAUACAUCUCUUUUAUCCUCGCUUAUGAAUAAGAUGUCUCAGAGCAAUCCCAACCUGGGAAACCUCCUUGCUUUGAAGGUGGAGGCGGACGGAAGCCAGGCUGGGGGAGACGCAACGCAGUACCUGGGCAAGAGCGUGAAGGCUCUCGUUCAAGAGAAGCUCUCUGAGCCCUGGAAGAUGUACCUGCGCAGGUUCGGUACCAAGGAUUUCUGUGACGCCCAGUGCGACUUCCUUCAUAAAGUCCAUUUCCACUGUGUGGUGGAAGAAUGCGGGGCCCUCUUCAGUACCUUGGAUGGAGCCAUCAAGCACGCCAAUUUCCACUUCAGGACGGACGGUGGUGCCGUGAAAGGGACCACGGACCUCUCUUUCCCGGCCUCUGCGGAGACCAAGGCUUCCUUGGGCCCGUCCUCUCCUCCCGCAUCUUCCGCUGCCGCUCUGGCAAACGCCUCUGGCUCGGACCUCCCCGCCCUGAACCCGGUGACGGUCUCCUCCACUCCCACCCUCCUGGCCUGGAAACAGCUGUCUUCCACCAUGUCCCAGCUCCCCGCGUCAGUGCCUAACCUGGCCACUUCCCCGCUGGCGACAACGUCCCUCGAGAACGCCAAGCCUCAGGUCAAACCCGGGUUCCUCCAGUUCCAGGAAAAUGAUCCCUGUUUGGCGACCGAUUGCAAGUAUGCCAACAAGUUCCACUUCCACUGUCUCUUUGGGAACUGCAAGUAUGUGUGCAAAACCUCCGGGAAAGCGGAGUCUCACUGUCUCGACCACAUCAACCCCAACAACAACCUGGUGAACGUCCGAGACCAGUUUGCGUAUUACUCCCUGCAGUGUCUCUGCCCAAACCAGCACUGUGAAUUCCGAAUGCGGGGCCAUUACCACUGUCUCCGUCCUGGCUGCUUUUUUGUGACCAACAUCACCACCAAGCUCCCCUGGCAUGUGAAGAAGCACGAGAAGGCCGAGAGGAGAGCAGCCAACGGCUUCAAGUACUUCACCAAGCGGGAAGAGUGCGGCAGGCUUGGUUGCAAGUACAACCAAGUCAACAGCCAUUUCCACUGCAUCCGCGAGGGCUGCCAGUUCUCCUUCUUGCUGAAGCACCAGAUGACGUCCCAUGCCCGGAAACACAUGCGGAGGAUGCUGGGGAAGAACUUCGACCGGGUCCCCACUCAGGGACCCCAAAGUAUGAUGGAUACGGAGACGGAUGAGUACAUUGACUACACAGGCUGCAGCCCUGGUGGCAUCUCCUCAGAGUCCUCCAACAUGGAUCGCAGCUGCUCCAGCACGCCGGUGGGCAACGAAAGCACGUCGGCAGGGAACACCAUCACGAUGCCGACAGCCGCAGGGGCGAAGAAGCGCUUCUGGAUCAUCGAGGACAUGUCCCCCUUCGGCAAGCGGCGCAAGACGGCCUCCUCCCGCAAGAUGCUGGACGAAGGGAUGAUGCUGGAGGGCUUCCGGCGGUACGACCUCUAUGAGGACUGCAAGGACGCCAGCUGCCAGUUCUCCCUGAAGGUUACCCACUACCACUGCACCCGGGAGAACUGUGGCUACAAGUUCUGCGGCCGCACCCACAUGUACAAGCACGCCCAGCACCACGACCGGGUGGACAAUCUGGUCCUGGACGACUUCAAGCGCUUCAAGUCCUCCCUCAGCUGCAACUUCCCCGACUGCCAGUUCUCGGGCAACAGCACCCACUUCCACUGCCUGCGCUGCGGUUUCCGCUGCACCGACAGCACCAAGGUGACGGCCCACCGCAAGCACCACGGCAAGCAGGAUGUCAUCAGCGCGGCCGGCUUCUGUCAGUUCAGCUCCAGCGUGGACUGCGAGGUGCCGGACUGCAAGUACAAGCUCAAGUGCUCCCACUUCCACUGCACCUACCCGGGCUGCAAGCACACGGUGGUGGGCAUGUCCCAGAUGGACUCGCACAAGCGCAAACACGAGAAGCAGGAGCGCGGAGAGCUGCCGGCCAUCUCUCCGGGCCCCGAGGGACUCCCCCACUCCGCCCUGGAGUACGAGGCGGCACAGGCUCCUUCCGUCAACCUGGACAGCUCUCUGAACCUCAGCACCGACGCAAACAGCUCCCUCUUCUUCCUGCAGAACGCGGCCGGGGUGGGACUCAACGACUCCUUGGACCUCAGCCAGAAGCAGCCGGAGGCCGAGGGGAGCGCCGCGUCCCCCAACACCGGAGAAGGUGCAGCCCCUUCAGAGACAGAGCAGCUACCAACUGGUUGCGGCAACAUAGAGGACGAGGACGAUUCCUCUCACGACGAGGAUGAUGAAGAGGAGGAAAUGAACGAAGAAGAUGAGGAAGACGACGACGACGAUGAGGAGGACGAGGAUGAGGAAGAGGAGGAUCUGAAUACAGAUUCCGACGACUCGCUUCCCGACACAGAAGGCCUGCCUACGAAAGACAUUCGGGAACUGGGGGAGGCGGCUCCCCUUCCGGCAGACCACUGCGAUGCUUCCAGGCCGCCCGGCGAGCAAGUCCCCGGCUCUGCUCCAGAGGAGGCCUCCCCUUAAUAGACAGCAGCAGGGUUUUGGUGUUUUUUAAAUAAUAAUAAUAAUAACAAUAACAACAAAAA